UCUCGCGUAAUCGUGUAUGAAACGAGACCUCUAAUUCUUUUACUUCCUGUUAUUUUUUGUGGUCAGUAUUGUUAAUGAUCCGACAGAUAGUCAUGUGUUAUCAGUUUGUUGACGUUGAGUAAUUCGACAAUUGACAUGGCUACCUCAAGAAAUCACAAGUCAAUGACACUUCCAGCUGGAAUGAAACAUGCUACUCAACCAGCAGAAGACUCAGAAGGAUUCUUUGCCAAAUUAAAAAAGAAAUUGAAGUUAAAGAAAGGGAAAUACCCGGAAGAUGUAAACACCGGGGAGUGUAAAAAUGUUUCUGCGGUCUCCUUUAAGAAAAGACAAAGCACUGCUGAGCUUGUUGGCAUAUCUUCGUGGGAGAAAGGUGUCUCUCAUUCAGAGAAGGCAAGUUUACGAGAAACACAGUCAGUCUCUCCGCAUCAUCUGAAAAGAGGAACUUUUAAAACACAAUCUGAUCUUCAUUUGGGAUCUAACAAGUCCAAGGCAAAUCACGAGCGGAAACAUUCCUUUCCAGAAAACCAGUUGGCGGCUUUGAAAGUGUCAGCACCAAAAGGACCAUCGGACAUUUUAUCCUCCCCGGUGUCUGUUAACAGUUCUAGAGUGAAAAACGAAUAUUCCAAACUGGAUUAUGAGGUUCGAGAUCUGGCCAGCGAUCGUCAGGAGAGAUUAAAAGCUGAAGUUCCCAGUCACGAAUGAAACACUGGCUCAGGAUGACAGUGCUAUAGAUUUGGAUCAUGUGGAGGUCACAGCUGAAAGUGGCACAAGCAAUACAGUUGUUCCAGCUGACUAUUUUAUUGACCCUGGUUAUGAACGGCUGCCUGUAAGGCAAUCAGUAAACAGUGGAAAAGCACCUUUGGAUCCCACCUCUGGAGAUACUAAAAGUCCUGAUUGGGAUCCACGGUAUGAAUCUAUGGAGGAGGUGAAAGCCAAAGUGAAUAAACAAUUUCCAAAGAUUGGUCAUCCAACUGUUGGUGUAGUUAAUACAAAUGGUGAUACAUCCGCUGCAAUGAAGGCAUCUGUAAGUGCAGAUAGAGACAUUAACAGUUUAGUUGAUCCUGGGUAUCAGUCUGUAAAAGAAGUUAAGCCUGCAAAAAAAUACAGUCUCAAUCAAUCCAUAGAAUCAUUGGAUGAACCGGGCUAUGAGAGCCUUGAUGCCGUAAAAAAGAAAAUUCAAGAAACUAACACUUUGAAACACCACGAGACUGAAGCCAUUCAAGAGAAGGCUGAAGACAUUAACGAUUCAGCUCUGGGAAUGACACCCAGUGUAAGUAGGGAUGCUGGCUCACCUUCCGUUACCAUUGAUGAUUGCACAGAGCAACCACAGCAUGAGGAUUCCCCCCACUUGGUCAAUGACAUGUGUGUCCUCGGCCUUACAGAUGUGGCUGUGAAUCUGUCAAACAUUGCCAUAGCUGUACAGCACUCCAUUGGUGCUAACCAUGCACCAAACUCUAACCCCGCAGAUGUAAUCAGUAGAAGCACUACAGAGGACCUUUACAGCACGGUGAACAAGCCUGUGUUGGUGUUGGCUCCAGAGACUGCUGAAAACACUGAUAACCAUGGUGUCCCUGACCACCUGGGAGGGUAUGACAGUGACAUAGAUCUGAUAUUGGACCCUGGGUAUGCUGAGUGUGCAGAUGCCAUUAAAGGUUGUAUUCAGUACGGUCUCUAUUCAGACGGCAGCGGCUCCAAGAUUUCCAGCUGUACCAGUCUAGAUCUGUCUGCGGAAGACUUCCCAUCUGAACCAGGCUACGCUGAAUGUGCAGACGCCAUUAAAAGCGGUGCAAUUAAGAAGAUAUCUGUCUCCCAAGAACGCUUGUUUGACGGUGAAAUCGUAUCAGAAAUAUAUGCCAAUCCACAGAUACUGUUCCGAAAACGAUCGCAGCAGCUUGAUGAAGUCAAUCUUCCCAAGGACUUUAGCCAGACUCUCAAGCUUACAAUCUCCUCUGGUGGCGGUCACUCCCCUCAUGCAGGACAAAGAGCCAUUGAAAAGAAAAGCUCAAAAUCAAAGACAAGGAAGAAAGGGAAGGAUGUGAAAACUCUGCCGGCUGUAGCCCCACCCCUUCCUGCUCGAAACUACAGUCUUGCUCUAGAUGGCGAAGAGGCAGAUGCAGAGGUUAUAGAUCUGCCUGCUAAACUUGAUGAAGAGAUAGAUGUGUUUGAUACUCAGGGAGAGGCGGGCGGUAGGGAAGAUUUUCCCACUAAACUGGGUGCAGCGGUCGACAGAGUGUUUGAUUUCCAGGGGGUGAUUGAUGGUAAGAAAACUGAGGCCAUGUUGGUUGCGGAGAAAAAUGAUAAAAUUCUUGAGGAAUUUGUAACUUGUGGGAGUGGCAUAGAGAAAUUACCGGUAGAUUGUUUUGAUAGUGAAUUGGGAAGUAAAUGUGCGAUUUCAGAAAUUUCUGAGACAAAUUGUGCUAAUGAAGGAAGUGGUACAACUGUGGACGAAUCCUGUGACGUUGAAGGGGAGCGCUUUCAUCUGACAGUGAUGGUUACGAGUGGAGAUAAGUACACGUUAACAGUUGUGGACCGAGACGAAUCUACACACACUAUGUUGAGGAGAAAAAGUAACAGAGAAAUGAGAAGUAUGGAUAAGGAGGAGUGUAGUGUUGUAAUUCAAAAUAAUGAUAAAUCCAGUAAAAGUAAUAGCAGAGCUUUGUGCAACGAUGGAAAUAAUUGUGGGUCUAGUGAUUCUUCAGAUUCUGAUACCACAUGUGAAAAUAAAUCGUGUUCAUCUGCACAUUGUACAAAAGAAAAUUCCGAGCAUUUUGACGGUCGUAAUGUCGAUUGCUUCAAAGAAACUUUAGGUUACCAGGAAAAGACAUGUUCCGAGAAUUCUGUGACAGAUUUUGAAAAUGUUGAUGAUUCCAAGGGAGAAGUGAUUUUAACUGUAGAACACCCAUCUGGUGAGUUUUCUCAAGGUCCAGAAAACAUAUCAUACUUAAAUCCUGAUUAUCUGUUUACUGUUAAUGCCAUAAAACUGAGAUCUGUAUCUUCCAUAGACUCAGAUGGUGAAUUCACUGAGGAUUUACCAAAGUUAGAAAUUCGAGAGAGUGAUCUUGACAGUCCAUUCGAUAGUGAUCAGUCGAACACGUCAGUGAAUCUAGACAUUGCCUCAGAAAGCUCUGUAAUUGCUCAAUUAACGAACGAUCUGACUGCAGAGUUUGAAGAUGGGAGAGGGUGUGCAAGGGAUCUGCAUGAGAAUGUGUUCGAAGAAAAUAUAUGUGGAACGAAGCUCUUAGACUCGUUGAGCAGUGAACCAAAAUUACUGGCAAGUUUUGACGACUCUUUUGAAUCAAAACUUUGUACAAGCAAUUCUUAUGAAAAUCCUGUUUACAACACGAGUUCUUUGAGUAAAGACCCUAGUAAAAAUAUCAGUGCUAAACUUGUGAUUACCAAAGAUCUUUCCUUACCUCAUGGAGAAACGACAUCAGAAAAACAUUUACCCAUCAGUUCACUCAGAAAUAAAAUCGUUGUCCUUGGAGACAUUGAUCGCUCACACACAGAGACCAAUAUACUUACACCUGGAUCAGUGGAUAGUGACGACAGUGCAAUCGAAGACAACGAUGAACCUGACCCCAUACCUCAGUCACUGUCGGAUUCCCAAACGAUCGUGACAGAUGCAGAGACAAAAUCCUCCAUCACUUCUCCGUCUGCGAGUCAACCACUUGAAUACAAGCUUCUUGAUCCGAUGCUGUAUAUGGAUACAGAGCCCACGCAUAUGUCGCUUGAGGAGGUCAUGUCGCCACACCCAUCGCCCUAUCCAAGGGACACAAGUCUCUCCCAGGGUGAGUCAUACCUCGACGAUUUCCACCAAUUUGUGGAUGAAGAAAUUACCCCUAGAGAUGUCAGGCCCCCUCGCCCCCCACCGGUCUCUGGUUCCCAUAGGAAUGCCAACUCCUCGAUGACACCGACAGAAGAGAACUUUCCAGGCUUCAGGUUGUGUGAGAGUGCAGAGGAGUUCCCUCCCCCUGUCCCUCCAAGAUCCAGCAAGAGGUCCUCCACCAGGCGGCCAGUCUCCUAUUCACAGGACUUCAUGGAAAGUAUGCGCCAGUUGAAAGAUGUUGGCUGGUACUGGGGUCCUCUGAGCUGGGAAGAGGCGGAGCUAAAGCUGGCCAGCAAACCGGAGGGGACGUUCCUGGUCCGGGACAGCUCUGACGAACGAUACAUCUUGAGUCUGUCCUUCAAGAACAUGGGGCGAGUGCAUCAUACACGCAUUGAGCACCAUAAAGGUCACUUCAGUUUCUGGUCCCAGCCUGACUCCCACGGCAAGUCCACCAUCAAGGAGUUCAUAGAGCAGUGUGUGGAGAACUCAAGGAAUGGCCGCUUCCUGUACUUCAUACGUCCCAGUGGGCCAGGCAGCCCUCCCAUGCCUAUACACCUUCUACACCCUGUGUCCAGGUUUGUCCAGAUGCGGUCGCUGCAGCACAUGUGUAGGUUCACAAUCAUCCAGCUGGUACGACGUGACCACAUAGACAGGCUACCUGUGCCCACACGCAUCAAGGAGUACCUGAAACAGGCCCAGUAUUAUGUGGAGUAUCUUGAAGACUGAACAAGAAUUGCAUUUGAUAAAAAUGUGAUAUGUUUUUUGCUAUUUUUCAUUUGGGGCACGCAAAGCUUAUUGCAUCUGCGUGAUCAUGAUCAUUUUUUAGUGACCGCAAUAUUUGAAGCAGGCUCAAUAUUGUGGAGUAUCUCGAAGACUGGACAAGCAGGCCCAAUAAUAUGUGGAAUAUCUUGAAAACUGAACAUGCAGGCCAAAUAUUAAGUGAAGUAUCUCGAAGACUGAAUAUGCAGGCACAAUAUUAUGUGAAGUAUCUCAAAGACUGAACAAGCAGGCCCAAUAUUAUGUGGAGUAUCUGAAAGACUGAACAUGCAGGCCCAAUAUUAUGUGGAGUAUCUCAAAGACUAAACAUGCAGGCCCAAUAUUAUGUGGAGUAUCUCAAAGACUGAACAAGGAGGCCCAAUAUUAUGUGGAGUAUCUCAAAUUUUGAACAAGCAGGCCCAAUAUUAUGUGGAGUAUCUCGAAGACUGAACAUGCAGGCCCAAUAUUAUGUGGAGUAUCUCAAAGACUGAACAUGCAGGCCCAAUAUUAUGUGAAGCAUCUCAAAGACUGAACAUGCAGGCCCAAUAUUAUGUGGAGUAUCUCGAAGACUGAACAUGCAGGCCCAAUAUUAUGUGGAGUUUCUCUAAGACAAAACAUGCAGGCCCAAUAUUAUGUGGAGUAUCUCGAAGACUGAACAUGCAGGUCCAAUAUUAUGUGGAGUAUCUCAAAGACUGAACAUGCAGGCCCAAUAUUAUGUGGAGUAUCUUGAAGACUGAACAUGCAGGCCCAAUAUUAUGUGGAGUAUCUCGAAAAACUGAACAAGCAGGCCCAAUAUUAUGUGGAGUAUCUCAAAGACUGAACAUGCAGGCCCAAUAUUAUGUGGAGUUUCUCUAAGACAAAACAUGCAGGCCCAAUAUUAUGUGGAGUAUCUCGAAGACUGAACAUGCAGGUCCAAUAUUAUGUGGAGUAUCUCAAAGACUGAACAUGCAGGCCCAAUAUUAUGUGGAGUAUCUUGAAGACUGAACAUGCAGGCCCAAUAUUAUGUGGAGUAUCUCGAAGACUGAACAAGAAUGGCAUUUUAUCAUUUGAUCUAGCAGUGACUUGGGGUCUUCACAGUUGAUUGAACCUGUGUGUUCUAGAUCAUGCAUUUGUGAACACAACAUGCAAAGCAGGUCCAAUAUCACAUCCAGUAUCUCAAAGACAGAACAACACUUUGAUCCUUGCUCUGGCAAAACUGUGGUAAAGUGUCACCCCAGUUGAAAUGACAUUUAACCCUUUCCCACUCAUAAGCAAAGUGAAAAUGGUUAUUUGCAAACAGCAUAAAUCCAGAACAGCCUGCGAGUUACUAAGGGUUGGAAAUGAAUUCUUUAAAACUUGAAUCUAGUAAGAAAAGUCUUUAAUUAAAUUUAACUUUCUGAAGGACUACAAAAACAUCAAAAUACGUAUCUAAGUGGUAAAGUGUUAACGCACAUGCAUUAAGUCCUGUUUUCCAAGAACGAGCCUAAUUCGAUAAAGCAUUUGACAGUGUUUUUUUUCUUCAUAUUCAAUAUUUGUCUUCUCUUUUGAAUACAUGUAUUUGUUUUCAUGUUCCUUUUUUGUGAACUCAACAUUUGAUUAAAAUAUUAUUGUAUUUGUAUUUUCAUUAUUGUGAAAGAAACUGUAAAAACUUGACUAUUUUUUUUAAACAGAGUCUUAACAAUAGAUGUGUUGUAUUGUUUGCUGUGUUGUUUUUUUGUAAAUUUUUGGGGCUUUUACAUAUUAGUAAUUUAAAGGUCGUUUUUUUUCAAACUGAAACUUUGAAUUGUGGGAAGUUCUCCACGAAUAAGGAAGUAGAGUUUGUUGUACUAUGUUUUAAUGUUCAUCUGUUUGUAAUGGAUUGUGAUAACAUCUGUUAAAAUCUUUUAAUAUAGCUUUAUGUUAAUCUUCAUCAUUGUGAACAAAAUAUUAGUUAACUUAAAUUUAGCCAUUUAUUUGUUUGUGAUCUAUAUGUAGAACAUGAAGCUAAAAUGUUGAGGUACAACAUUUUUCAAUAUGUUUGCUUUAGUUUCGGUAAAUAUAGCUUAUGAAAUCUAAGCAUAUGUUUAAUAUUGUCUAAAUUAGUUGUUAUUUUAAGUACAUGUGUACAAAGCUUUACAUUUGACAUGAUUUUGUUUUCUUCAUAAUUAAGGCUCUUGUAGAUUGAUCACAAAUUUGUGCACACAAAAGCUUAUGAAAUUAUAAAUAUGCAUGUACAGUCAACUUCAUCUUUGACUUUAUGAACAAGCACGUUUGUAAAAUGUAAGUUUAACAUUCGUAAUCUUGUUUUAAGCUUCUUACUUCUUGUGGGGUUAUAUUAUAUCAUUGACUUAACCCUUUGCAUGCUGGGAAAUUUGUCGUCUGCUAAAAUGUUGUCUGCUAAAUUUCAAAAAUUAGCAUUUUCUUCGAUUUUUUUCAAAGAAUACUAUCAGAAUAGCAAACAGUUUGGAUCCUGAUGAGACGACACGUUCUGUGGCGUCUCAUCUGGAUCCAAACUGUUUGCACAGGCCUUCAAAAUUCGGUUCCCGCACUGAAAGGGUUAAAAACAACAUAUCAUCUAGAAUAGAAAAUAGUUUCCAAAGAAAAAGCUUUCCUCUUCCCUCCUUAUGGGUUAUUCUCUUUCUUUGAAUGGCAAAUGCUUUUAUCCUGAUAGUGCCAUAUUUGCUGAACAGUUUUGGAAGUUAUUUAACCCUUUUCCACUUCUGUACAUAUUUAAGCGCAUUUGUAGUCCCUUAGAAAGUUUAAUUAAAUACCUUUUGUGCUCAAUUCAAGUUAUUAUCCCCUGCCAUAGGCGGAGGGAUAUUGUUUUGGCGUUGUCCGUCCGUCCCUUUGUCCGUCUUUCCAUCUGUCCGUCCAGUGCCAUAUCUUGGAAGUGCUUUGGCGGAUUUCAUUGAAACUUUGUAUGAGUAUAUAUAUGAAAUAGAUGAUGAUGCACGCCAAAUGGCAUUGUACACCAAUCCCCCUGUUAAUAACGGAGUUAUGGCCCUUUGUAUCUUGAAAAAAUGCUUUUUUGAGUGUCAAAUAUAACACUUUUGUGUCCAGAAGCAUAUUGGCGGGGGAUAUCAAUUUAACGAAUUUGCUUGUAAAGGCUUCAUUUCCAACCCUUGGAAACUGAUGAGCAGCAAACAGCAUAAAACCUGAACAGACUGCGAGCUACUGGCAGGCUGGUCUGGUUUUACUUACAAGGUAUGCUCAGAUGACUAAGUAAGAUGUUUUUUGGCAUGUUUUAUUUAAAGCAAUAUUUUGUUAUUGAAAUGAUCUUCCUAUUUUGUUUAUGAUUUAUAAUUUUGUCUGUUAUUGAACUGCUUUAUCAUUUUAUUUUCAAUUUAUUAAUUGUUAUGUUGAUCUUUAGAUUUUCGAUGAUCUUUUAUUUAAUUUUCUUUGAUCUUAUUUAGUCCCCUCUGUAGUCUUAUUAAGCAGUCAACAAAAUCAUGAGAACUGGUUUAUGUCAUUAACAUGCUGAGUAGAAAAGGUAACACUUCUCUCAGAUUUUAUUUUCAAGAUUGUUUAAAGAUGUAACAUGCUCAUUUGAAUGAAAAACAGGUAAUAACAAAAUGAGUUAUGAUACAAAUGAUUUGUUUUACAUUAAAAUGAUUUUAAACAUUACAUGAAAUAGCUGUAUGUAUUCUAUGUUUUAAUGCACCCGGAUCGAAUGAUAGGGGGCAUAUUGUUUUUGGCUUGUCUGUCUGUCAUUGUGUGUGUCUGUCACUAAACUUUCACCUUGGUUAUAAAUUUUCAAUAUUGAAGAUAUUAACUUGAUAUUUGGCAUGAAUGUGAAUCUCAUGGAGCUGCACAUUUUGAGUGGUGAAAGGUCAAGGUCUUCCUUGAAGGUCAAAGGUAUUCUUAUUUUUUUAAUGCAAAGCGGCGCAUUAGGGGCCUUGUGUUUCUGACAAACACAUUUCUUGUUUUUCUAGAAAAAGGUGUGAGAGUAAGUAUACUUUUGGGACAUCCUUUGCAAGUUUUGAUAUUUCUGCUUAGUAAAGAUGAAAAAAUAUAUUGAAAGUAAAGUUUUAAAUAUGACAUUGACUUUAUUCUUCUAAACCUUGCUACAAGAUUUUCAAGUUUCACUAAUAAACCUAUUCAUAAGUUUUGGUUGCUAUGAUUUUCAGGGCUAUAACUGCCAUAAUUUCCUUUAUUUCCUAACGGCUUCAGAUUUCAGCAUAUUUUGCUGAAGGCGUUUACAUUCAGUUUUACGGUUGUUGUUUUUUAUGAAACCCAUCACUAUGUACAUUGUUCAAUGCAUUUUGGUAAUGUAAGCUAAAGAAUGGAUUUUUCCAAAUGGUGCACUUAUCCAUAUUAAUCAAACUAUGCACACUUGAAGACAAAUACUUCAUGAAUAAUGCUGUUUUUUUUAUUCAGCCUUGCAAGUUGAAUUAAAGAAUGUGUGUUUUGCAUUUAAUUGCAUCACUUCUCAUUUAAUGAGAAGAUUAUCAAUUAGAAGAUAAGUGGAGCAUGAGUUAUUUAUGAAAAUAACUUUGUUCACUUGUAUUUUCAAACAAAGAUUUGAGAUUUUAAUACUGUCCUGAAGUUAAAUCUUCCAAUUUAGGAUGUUCAUAGACAUAUGCAUAGUUGUAUCUAGUCAGAUUUCGACCCACAGCUUACUUACCUUUUAUAACAGCCAUGCCCUAUUUCACCAGUUUAACCCUUUCCCACUCAGUAGCAAGGUCAAAAUGGCUAUGUGCAUAUAGCAUAAAACCAGAACAGCCUGCGAGUAACUCUCAGUCUGUUCAGGUUUUAUGCUGUUUGCUGCUCAUCAAUAUCUAAGGGUUGGAGAUAAAGCUUUUAAAACUUGAAUUCAGUAAUAAAGUUCUUGAAUGAAAUUUAACUUUCUAAGGGACUACAAAUGCAUCAUAAUACAUAUCUAAGUGGCAAAGGGUUAAAAUUAAUGUACAACUUUUUUGUGCAAUAAUGUUAGUGUUUGCAUUUUGUUGUUGUUAUUCUAUUGGAUACAUUUCUUUCUGAAAUGGGAUGCAUGUUGUAAAUAGAUAAUAAUUUUAUCGGAAAACUUAAAUUUGAAUGUUUAUCAGUCUUAAUGAUUUUUUCAAUACAUUUUUUGUGUGCAAAGGAUCAGUAUGGUUUGACUGUUGUGCUUUACUGAGUUUGAUUACAUUCUGGGCAGAUGUAGAUCUUUGAUGAGUUGAUGCACAUUAUGUAAGAUGUAGUUAUAAAACUUAAACAGAACUUUGUAUGUUGCUUUUGCAAAAUUAGAUCUUGCAAAUAUUGAAAAAUGUCAGGUCAAAUGUUGGGUCAAAUGUUUAUAUUAAGUUUUUCAUAAAAUAUAUGGUUAUAUAACUUAUCACUUGAAAUGCUGUUCAAGGGAAAUAAAUCUGUUUUUGUUCAACUUCUCAAACCAGCAGAAUCAUCUUUCUUGAGUGAAAAAUCUAUUGUGCGUAGAUGUUGUUACAUACUGUAUUUAAUAAGUGUUUUAUGAAAUCAUAAUGUUGUCACAUAGUGUAUUUAAUCAGUGUUACAUUACAUUGUCAUUUUGUUGACUAUAGUUUUGAGACAGUCUUGCGAUUUAUCGAGCUUUAAUACACCAGGAUCUUUAUUUUAUUUUUAUGCCCCCCUUCGAAGAAGAGGGGGUAUAUUGUUUUGCUCAUGUCGGUCCGUCGGUCAGUCGGUCCGUCCGUCCAUCCGUCCACCAGAUGGUUUCCUGAUGAUAACUCAAGAACGCUUAGGCCUAGGAUCAUGAAACUUCAUAGGAACAUUGAUCAUGACUGGCAGAUGACCCCUAUUGAUUUUCAGGUCACUAGGUCAAAGGUCAAGGUCACAGUGACAAAAACCGUAUUCACACAAUGGCUGCCACUACAACUGACAGCCCAUAUGGGGGGCAUGCAUGUUUUACAAACAGCCCUUGUUUUCCUUCUGAUUUUGCCUCUACAAACGUAUUAAGUUUAUAUCAUCCAAGAUCUCUUGUCCAUAUUAUGAUAGCCAAAACACAUAUAAGCCUAUGAGAACAUAAUGCUGGUGAUAGCUUCUUACUUUCCAGAGAACUUUAUGAACUCAAGACUGAACUAUAUUGUCAAUGUUUACCCUGCAUAGUUAUCUUUUAUGCAGUCUGGCAAAUUUUAAUUCAUAAUACCGUAUCCUGACCCAGGUAGCUCAGUCCGUCAAGCGCUGGACUGCCGAUUACAGGGUCUAGAGAUUGUAUCCAAGCAAGUCACAUACAUUUUGUUGACAUUUACCUUGGCAUUAUUUGAGUCGCGUUCUGAGAAAACUGGGCAUAAUGCAUGUGUGUAAAGUGUCAUCCCAGAUUAGCCUGUGCAGUCUGCACAGCCUGUGCAGUCUGCACAGGCUAAUCAGGGACGACACUUUACGCACAUAGGUGCUUUAAGUACUGGUUAACCACUGACAUCGCCGUGGGGAAAUGGUUAUGGUGUCCGCCCAGUGAUUGGGAGGCAAUGGGUUCGAUCCCCACUGUGGGAGCCUUCUUUAGAUUUCUCCCAAAGACACCAAGCACUGGUUCUAGGCCUAGGAAACGGACUUGAUAGUGUUUCAAUAAGCCGGAGGCUUCUGAUGCAAGCGAGCUAAAAUAAAUAGGUUUAAACCGAAUUAAACUAAACAACAGACCUAGACUCAGCUUGCUAUUACGUGUAACUUAACAAACGCCAUGAUGGCGGGCAUGCUGUCGUUAAAACAGUAGAAAAAAUCCUUCAAACAAAUCAAAAAUCAUUGCCGUUAUUUUCAUGCUUUAGUCAAGCAAUAGGAAUAUUAUAUGAACUUGUAUACAUAGAAAUUAGAGGUUAUAUUAAAUAUUUCAAGAAUACUGAUAUUAUAUUAUAUAAGAUAUGUGAACAGUUUACUUUAAGAUUACGUAUUUACAUUAUUAAACACACAUGUUACAAGAAACAAAUACUUAUGUUUUUUUGCCAUAUUUACCUAUAUUAUUUUGGUAAUGUCAAGGCUUAUAAUAUGUAUUUAUUGUUGUUGUUUUUUUCGUUUAGCACAAACAUGUUAAUGCAUUUCUAUAAACUAAAAUGUUAUGUCCCCUAAAACAAAUUUAUAUCUGUAUUGUUUUAUUUGUAUAAAGUUUUCUUUCAUUUGUCAUUAACAUUAUUUAUUGUAAAUACGGAUGAUGUUUCUUUUUGUGUCUUGUGUGCUGUUAAUACCAAAAAAUCAUAUGCACUUCUUAUCUGUUGUAAAUAAAGCGUUUAUUUUAUGGGGACCCAAAACAUUUCCUGUGUAUGUUCUUUGCUUCUAAUAUGGAGUUUAUCGUUUAGACUUUGUUUAUGAAUAUUGUUAAUGUAUGUGGUUGCCACACUUUCCUGUACAUGUUCACAAAAGUUGUAGCCCAUAUGAUAAUAAUAUCGAAAGUGUUUGCUUUUAAAUAACUUUGCACCCAACAUCAGGGUUGGGAGGCAUAUACAUAGUCCCUGGAUUAUUUCAUAUGUCCAUGUAUUGUACAUUUGUCCAUAUACUUGAUUAUAACAUAUCCAGCAUAAGCAGAUGGGGUUAUCACGUGACAUACAAGCUGGCAACGUCCAUGCCAAUAAAUGUAUUUUUCGCCGAUAUAUACCCGGGAGCUGUAAUUUUGUGACCCGCUAAAAAAGUUCGCUGCGAGUAAAGUCGAGAGAUAGAGCAAAAAUUGAUCACACUACAGAAACAACAAAAGCAUCUUUGAAUGGUUAAGUUCCUUUGACUCAAGGGUGAGCAAACCCCAUAGGACCUUUGACCCUCUUGUUUUUGUUCGUUGGUAAUUUUACCAUGUCACAGCUGAAAACGUAAUUACAAAAUAUCAGCCAAUAUAAGUCUGGGGUAUUAAAACUGAUCUGUCCUUUUCGUUGUAAUUGUGUGCUAUUUUCUGAUACAAAAGAAGACAUUUAAACUGUAUAUUUAUGUCUACAAAUGAAAUGUUUUUAAGCUUACCAGCGCUUGCAAAAACUUUGUUUUGAUAAUUUCAAAAGUUUUGCCGGUACAGCAUUUUCGGUUUUUCAAACCUUAACCUCUUCUAACCCUCUUCUAGUUGUUUAUCAAUUUUAAUUAGGUUAACGUAAUUUUUUGUAUUUACUAUAGUGGGGGACAUAUUGUAUUUGCCCUGUCUGUUGGUUGGUUUGUGUGAUUGUUUGCUCCAACUUUAACAUUUUGCCAUAACUUUUGCAAUAUUGAAGAUAGCAACUUCUUAUUUGGCAUGCAUGUGUAUCUCAUGGAGCUGCACAUUUUGAGUGAUGGAAGGUCAAGGUCAAGGUCAUCCUUCAAGGUCAAAGGUCAAAUAUAUAGCUUCAAAGCGGCGCAGAAGAGGACAUAGUGUUUCUGACAAACACAUAUCUUGUUUUUUAAUGUUAUACAUUGAUGUAAACAAUUAAAAUUGGGAUUUAUGGUAGAGUAGAUUUACACAAAGCAAUUAGUCCAUUAGCAAUUUUCAUUAAGUUUAUACGAUAUUUGACGUUCAUUUAUUUUUCAGUGUUUUUUGCAUUUUACAUGUACAUGGAAUAAAUAUUAUGAAGUA